AUGUCCGAUUCUGAAAAUGAAACUAUCAAUGAAACUGCAAGUACAAAAAAUAGUAGAAGUGAAGGUUCUGAUACCUAUAUUAAUUUGGUAUAUGAUUCUAAUAUUAAAGAUGAUACUGAGGAUUUUGAUAUUAUAAGUAAUGAUGAAUAUAUUCCUUUAGGUCAAAAUCAUAUAAGAGGUAGAGCUCAAACAAUUUAUUCAACUGAAUUAAAUUUGGAUAAUAUAAGUAAUGUAGAAUAUUUACAACCAGUAAAUAUUAAUUGCUUACAACAAAAAGUUCACUAUAAUGGUCAUGGUAAAAAUGAAGCUGAAAUAUUAGUUCAAGACUUAUAUAAUAAUGCAAAAAAUGAUCUUCCACCAAAAGAAAG